AGAGCUAAAUAAUAAUUCUGGACUGAUGGAUAAUGCAACACAGAUGAAUGUCCUCAGAGACUUCAUUUUUCCAUUCCUGUCGAAACGUCCAAACACAGGUGUCGACUGCACAUUGCCAUUUAACAACAGUGUGGACUUCAUCCUGCAAAACUUUGGCAGUUUCUCUCCGUUGGUUCGGAUUCAAGAGUUUUCCACUUUCAGCCGCAAUUUUUCAGCUCUGGAUGCUCUUCCUGUUCUCACAAUGGAGCAGCUGGUGGAACUGGUGUUCAAUACUCCCGCUAGUCCAGAAAACAGAACAAACAUCCUCACAGGAGUCUUUGACUUCCUUCUUAGAGCCGUCAACAGAGACAGACUAAACAACUUCCUCCCCUUUCUCCGGACACAGGCCAGAAAGGCAAACUUCACUUGUGAAAACUACAAUGCCAUCUUUAACAGGAUUGAUCAGACAUUAUCAUCAGUCCCUCCUAACCAGUCUGAAGCCCUGCUGACGAUCAGAGACUCAGUGAUGAUGAUUCCUCCUGAUGUGUGCAUCAACAAUGCAAGCAAUUGCACAUCACCUCCUGUAAACGAGGCUUCUCUCUGUGCAAGUGUCAACAGCUCUGCUGUGGCUCAAUUCUUGAAUUCAACUGCAACAGGACUUUGUAACUUCACAGUGUUGCAGUUCGCCUGUCUACCAGAGCCGUCGCAGUUAAACUCUCAACAAGUGGCUGACCUGUUGGCUUGCAAACUGUCAAGCAACGUGACAAAAGACACCUGGAAGCUUUUCUUCACCAAAAUAGGCACAAACCUUGAUGAUGCACUGCUGAAGUUUUCCAACAACACUCCCGGUGUCAGCAAUGUGUCUUUGGCCGAUGUGCUGGAUGUGAUCGCUGAAAUCCGGAUCAAUCGCUUUAGUCCCCAGAGACUGAGAGAUCCUGCCUUCAUUCAGUCAUGGUUCCAGGGGCGUCUAAAUCCCUUCUUACCUUCACUGUCUCAAAGUCUCCUGUCCUGCCUCAGCACCAAGAACCUCAACUGUGAAACCUACCGCACUAUCGCUACAAAUAUUUUCAAUGCAUCUCCACGAGAUGGACAAGACAUUUGCAAUCCACUGCAACCCCCUACAAGACAGGAUCUGAUCUACACAAACUUCAUGAACGCCUUCCUCUCUCGCAAAGACAUUGAUGAUCCCGGGUGCCUUAAAGAUACAGCCAACAGUACGCAGUGGGUCAACAGAAACUUUGGGCCAUUCAUUCAGUCAGCUCCUCUAAAUGACCUUUUGGCACUGAACAGAAACUUCAGUGCAGUGGAAGUUCUACCUCAGUUGGGUCUCAGACAACUGUCUGAGCUUUCUGUGAAUCCUCCUGUGCUAAAUGAUUCUCAAAGCAUCAUCAAUGUCCUGCAGUAUGUCAAGGAUUGCCAGCUUCCUGCUUUCUUUGACCUCUUCUCCCAGAAAGUGCAGAACAUCUCGCUCAGACAAGAUGUAAAAUCAGCACUGAUUAAACAGAUAUUUGACAGAGCCCUCCUGUCUAAUCUGAGCAUCCCAAAUCAGGAAGCUGUCAUUUGGCUCCAGAAGAGAAUAAGACCUCUGGUAGACAACCUUUCAGAGAGCUUUGUGUCUCCAUUUUUCAACUUCCUCAACAAAACAGACUGCAAUGUCACUCAAACCGCCCUGGGGCUCUUAGAUGUUGUUCGACCUACAUUACCCACAAACACCAAAAAUGCAAUCUACAAUAGCAUUCUUCAAUCCUUCAUGGGACCACAGCCUCUGAGGUGCUACAGAAACAACAGCUUCAUCAAGUUCUUAAAUGAAAGCCUGUACGGCUUUGGGCCGCUUCCAGAUCUGACCACCUUCCUCUCUCUGAUACCACCACCACGGAUAUCUGAGCUUGUAAACUCUAUUGCUCCUUUUGAGCUGGGAAGCUACUUGAGACAGCCGGAAGUGGUGAAAAACAAUUCACAAAUCUGCGUGAUCUUCAACAACUUUACCAAAACCCCCGAGUUCUUGGAUACGGAAGAUGUUCCAGAUAAUGUGAAAAGUGCCAUCCUUCCCUGCGUCUGGCGCCUGGCGUUGACUAGUGACAAUGAGACCGAGGUUGAUCUGUGGUUUAACCGUAGACUCAAGCUCUACUUGAAGUUCCUGAACAAAGAUCUAAUAGGGUCAAAAGACACACUGAGCGCAUCUUGCCAAUCAUACAAGAAAAUGGUCAAUGUCUUAGGCAAAGAUUUCAGCUUUAAUGGUUCUCAGAUUACCACUGACGAUGUGUAUGGCACCAUCAAGACAUAUCUGAAAACAGACUCUCAAGCAAAAUGCUACAACUCCUCUGACGCAAGAUUGAAUUCAACUGCGUGGUUUGUCAACAACAUUGGUGUAUUCAUAACUUUAUUGACUCUGGACGAUCUCUACUCUUUCGGCCCUCAGACAACGAUGCAACUCUUCGCUGUGAAUCCUGAUAACAUAAAGCUGUUCAAUCAAAAGGCACUUCCGAAGAAAGUCCUCAGCCGCUACACAGAGCUCAUCUUUCUACAAAACAGUGACUUUAAUCUAUUUGACUUGCCUUCGUUUUUGCAGUGUGAUGCACCAGUAUCGACAUUCUCUAAACUAAAUGAAAAUCAAACUAAUGUCAUUCUUGGAAACUUCAAGACAUCUUGCUCCGGUGUGGAUCCUGCGAUAUCUGCUACCCUUGCAAAAAACAUCAAGACCAUUGAUGUUAGCGCUAUUAUCAAUUUGGGAAGCCAAAUUGUUGGCCUAACAACUACACAAAUAAAUUUAGCACCUCCAUCGGUUCUCAUCAGUAGUCUUUCAACGCUGGGCAGUACAGCUGGAUGGUCCUUCGGACAAGCCCAGGCAAUCGUACAAGUGCUUCUCAGUGGAGAUUUCAAGUUAAACACUGGCAGCAGUUUGAUAAGUCUUGGAUCAUUGAUUGGAGGGAUUCCUUCAACAGUCCUGACAACCAUUAGUCCGGCACAAAUUCUUGAAACAACCAGAAACACAGAAUUUGUGAAAAACAUACUGGCUGCCCCAGAGAUUGUUCAAACGACCUUUGUGAGACAGUUAAUCAAAGUGGAAUCAACAGUAUCUGCUUUAAUGACAAACAUUCCCAGUGACUUGGCCGUUCAAAUUCCAAGAAAGUUCCUGCAGAUUAACACCAAUUUAGACACAGCAGUUCUGAUGGAGUUUAACAAAAAAAAGUGGAAACCUGAACAGGCGGUUCUUUUCUUCGAUUCAGUGGUAAAUGUUUUUGCCCAGCCUGAUGACCUGUCUGUGGAAGUUUUGCAAGGAUUUACUUGCACACGAGUGCAGACAUACACCCAAAUCAAAGUCAAAGGCCUGAUCAAAGCCUGUCGAAGGAGACCGAACAGAUCUAAAGUGAUCCUGAGCGAGACUCAGCUGACUUGCAUGUACAACAUUAUUAGAAAGGAAUCACCUUUCGAUUUUGAAAACUAUCAUUCAGAUAUGUUGCUGUACUUCAAUUAUGAAACAAUCAACAAAACCCUCUGCAAGGCAUACUUUACUCAAGUCGGAGCAGCAGAUCUCUCAGUCUUUUCAGGCACAUUGAGAGGAAGAAGGGACAUUUUGUUGAAUAAUGCUAUAGAUUGCUUGGGCAUUAAUAGAACAAGCAUCAGUAAACAGGAUCUGGCGGUGCUGGGCAACUUGGCAUGUGCUGUGAGCGGUGAUGUCAUCAGAAACUCAGACCCAGAAAUCCUUGAGAACUUGAAGAACUGCAAAGACCUCUCAGAUUCGCAAAUAUCAGCCAUGCAAGAUCUUCUCAUGAAGGGAACGUCAAAAUAUGGAGCAACAAGCAACUGGAAUCAGAAAACACUUGAUGAUCUGGGAAUACUGCCUUUGUACUUCUCACAAAGCUUUUGGGGAUCAUUCAAAGAGAGUGAUUUAGCCAAGUUCUUCAAAACCUUCCUUAAAAUGCUGCGUGAACAAAACACACCAAAGCCACAACUGAAAAAGCUGUUUAAAGCAAUCAUUAUAAUUCCAACCAGAGCCAAGAGGGCUGGGUUCCAAGCGAGUGAAUGUACUAAGGGCAACAUCACUAGUGUUGCCAUCAGCGAUGAUGCCUUCCCCUUUGGAUAUGAUGCGACACAGUUCGGUAACUGUCUGAGUUCAACCGUGGUGCUGGAGAACCUCGCUAGCCUGUGUGAUAAAAUUGACAACAGCGACUUUCAGAGAAUCAUUUUGGACAAACUCAAAGAGAUACUGCCAAACGGCCUUUCAGAAGAUAAGGUCCAGGUACUGAAGUCCGUGUCCAGGAAUGCGACGGAGGAUGAAAUAAGUAAAUGGAACAUCACUAAACCCGACACACUGGCAGCGCUCAUGAAUGCUAAUGAUGGCGAAUGGUCCGCUGCACAGAGCAAACUAAUCAUUACCAAAUACCUAAGCGCCAACAACACUUUGACCGCCACUGAGCUGAAUCUAGUGAAAGGACCAAAUCUCUGCUCUCUGAAUGUCAGCACAUUGUCAACAAUAUCACCUGAUAGUUUGAGGGAGAGCAGUGCCUUGGAUGUGUCAACAUGUUCAUCUGAGAACAAGAAGGCACUCUUCACCAUCGCUAACAAAGCAUUUCCCAUGUCCUCCACAACCGAUAAUCGCACCAUCCUGUCAGCCUUCCAGCUCAUUGACGCCUAUCUCGGAGGUGCAGAUCUAGGCUACAUUAGGAAUCUGUCAUCAUACAAUGUCAGCAUGAGCCUGACCACUUUCAUAAGUCUGGAUGCAAGCGUGAUCGCGAGCCUCAGCAUAUCAGAAGUAGUGGGUCUUCUUGGUAACAAUUUGCAGGAUCUAAAAACAUUUGAAAACCAAACAGUCGUGCGAAGCUGGAUCUCGCUGCAGUUACAGUCAGAGCUGGAUAAACUCAAUCUCAAUCUGUCUGGAGGAAAAUUAACAGCAGACACAACAACUGCUGCCCCGUCUACCACUGUAACAACUAAGGCUACCACUGUCAAAAACACUGCAAGCUCUCCAGGAAUUGGACCCGGUGGAUGGACAGUUUUCUUCAGCAUUUUAAUACUUUAUCUAACUUACCAUCAUCAAGGUGGAGAUUACAUAUAGCAGCACUGAACCCGAAUUAGCCACACUGUAAUCUUACCAAGAUGAUACAUCUGUGAGACUCUGUAGAUGAAGGAAUACAGCAUAUUAGUCCACUUAAUCUUUUUUCAUAAUCACACAUUUUCUUUGUCAUCCUAUUGUUCAUCGAUUCAGAUUUUUUCUUAAGUGUACAUGACAAAUUGUCAAAAAGGAAUGUUCCACUACUAAUCAGAACAGAGGAUAUGUAGCACUUUUUUUUUUGUCUAAAUACUUGUAUAACUGUCUCCAACUAUAAAACUGCUAUCUUUAAUUGUUUCAGACAUUUAGAAUCAUUAUAUGAAUUCCUUGUGCUGUUCUUGAAUAUGGCAUAAAAAUGUAUUUUGUUCUAUGACUGG